CCAGCUGUGUUCUCACGUAAUCUCUGACGACUUCCGCUUUACUUCCUUGUUGUCAUGAGGAAGAGACGGCGGCAGGACGAUGGUCCAUGGGGCCAGGCUCAUUAUGGCGGCGCUCAUUCAAGCCAACAAGGGGACUAUUAUCACGAAGCCUCCCCCCAGUAUCCCCGUCCCGGGCCGUACACGGACCUCUCCCAUGGACGGACCCCCGGGGCCUGGGACAGCAGAGCUCAGAGUGCGGCUCAGCAGCAGUAUGGACCGGGGGGCCCUCAGAGGAUCGCAGGGUCUGAGCGAAGAUUGCUUGGGGCCCUGGAGGCGGAGCAAUUCCAUCAUGGGCGGGUACAAUCAGUAGAGGACCAGUCGGGUCUGUUCUCUCAUGUCAGUUCUGGAGGAGAUGGGCCUCGUCCUCAUAGGACCAGCAAUGAGCAGAGGGAAUCUCACCAUGGAGGUCCCCAGCCUGGGAUUCCUCCUUAUAGGACCAGGAGUGAGCAGAGGGAAUCCCACCAUGGAGGUCCCCAGCCUGGGAUUCCUCCUCAUUGGACCAGCAGUGAGCAGAGGGAAGCUUACCAUGGAGGUCCCCAGCCUGGGCUUCCUCCUCAUAGGACCAUCAAUGAGCAGAGGGAAUCUCACAAUGGAGGUCCCCAGUCUGGGCUUCCUCCUCAUAGGACCAUCAAUGAGCAGAGAGAUUCUCAUUAUGGAGAGCCUCAGCCUGGGCUUCCUCCUCAUAGGACCAUCAAUGAGCAGAGAGAUUCUCACUAUGGAGGUCCUCAGCCUGGGCUUCCUCCUCAUAAGACCAUCAAUGAGCAGAGGGAAUCUCACCAUGGUGGUCCUCAGCCUGGGAUUCAUCCUCAUAGGACCAUCACUAAUCAGCAUGGAGGUUCUCAGGCUGGGCUUCCUCCUCAUAGGACCAGCAAUGAGCAGAGAGAUUCUCACUAUGGAGGUCCUCAGACUGAGAUUCCUCCUCAUUUUCUCACCAGGGAGGCAAGAACAUCUCAUCACGGAGGUCCUCAGCCUGGUUUUCCUCAUAUGUUCCACAUUGAGCAACAUGGAGGUUCUCAAUCGAAUAUUCCUCCUCGUAUAGCCAGCAUGGAGGAGAGAACAUUGCAAUAUGGAGGUCCUCAGUCUGGUAUUCCUCGUAUCAUCAGCAAUGAGCAGAGGACGUCUCAUCAAGGAGGUCCUCAGUCUGGUAUUGAUCACAUGACCAGCACGGAGCAGAGAAUGUCACAAUAUGGAGGUCCUGAGUCUGGUAUUCCUCAGAUGACCAACAAUGAACAGAGAACAUCUCAACAUGGAGAUCCUAAGUCUGGUGUUCUUCCUCAUACGACUAAUAUUGAGCAGAGCGGUCCACUGCCUGGUGUUCCUCCUCAUAUGACCAGCACUGAUCAGAAAGCAUCUCUUCAUGGAGAUCCUAGGUCUGGUCUUCCUCCUCAUAUGACCAGCAUUGAGCAGAGAGCAUUCCAUCGUGGAGGUCCUCAGUCUGGUAUUCCUCAUAUGGCCAGCAUUGAGCAGCAUGGAGGUUCUCAGUUGGAUAUUUCUCCUCAUAUAGCCACCACUGGACCUAGACCAUCUCAGCAUGUAGGUCCUCAGUCAGAUAUUCCUCAUAUGACCAGUGAUGAGCAUAGAUUAUCUCAGCAUGGCCAGCAUAUUCCUCCUGGUAUGACCAUCACUGGGCAGAGAGGACCUCAGCUUGGAGGUCCUCUUUCUAAUAUUCCUCCUGGUAUGCCCACCGCUGAGCAGAGAGGACUUCAGCUUGGAGGGCCUCUUUCUAAUAUUCCUCCUGGUAUGCCCACCGCUGAGCAGAGAGGACUUCAGCUUGGAGGUCCUCUUUCUAAUAUUCCUCCUGGUAUGCCCACCGCUGAGCAGAGAGUAUCACAGCAUGGAGCACUUCAGCCUGGUAUUCCUUCUCAUACGACCAGUAUUGAGCAGAGAACAUCUCAGCACGGAGGUCCUCGUAUGGUCAGCACUGGGCCUAGAGUACCUCAAUAUGGGGGUCCACCAUCAGAUAUUCUUCCCCAUAUGGCUAGUGUUGAGCAGAGAAUAUCACAGCAUGGAGCUGCUCAGCCUGGUAUUCAUCAUAUGGCCAGCACAGAGCAGAGAAUAUCUCAGCAUGGAGGUCACCAGUCAGGUAUUCCUCCUCAUAUGGCCAGCACUGAGCAGAGAUCACUUCAGCUUGGAGGCCACCAGUCAGGGAUCCCUCCUCAAAUGGCCAGCACCGAGCAGAGAGCACUUCAGCUUGGAGGCCACCAGUCAGGGAUCCCUCCUCAAAUGGCCAGCACCGAGCAGAGAAUAUCUCAACAUGGAGGUCACCAAUCAGGGAUUCCUCCUCCUAUGGCCAACACUGAGCAGAGAGCACUUCAGCUUGGAGGCCCAGAGUCUGGUGAUUUUAAGCUUGGACCUUCCCAACCCAGGAGCGUUUAUUUUGGUGGACCGCAGCAUGAAGAAUUGGAGCACAAAGGUCCUGGGCAAAACGCGUUCAGGGUGGAAGAUUCCCAGCAGCGACCUCUAAGUUUUCCAAACACUCCUCAGCUUGGAGCACCAGGAAUUUCAUCUUUCGGAGGCUCUCAGCUUGAAGGAUUUAAUCCAACAUCUUUGAAUAAGCCACCGCCAAAUGAUGUGUUCCAUCAUAGAGUACCCCCUCCAAGUAUUGUACAGCAGAGCUCUACACAACCACCACCAGGACCUGCUCCAAACAUUCAACAUCCCAGCAACCCUGUACAGAACCAGUACAGUUUUCCUCCCACUCUUCAUGGACCCCCACUGAAUCCCGCAACUAUUGCACCCUUUUUUCAUCCUCCAAUGGAUGCUGUAUUUGGUGGCCCUCCCAAAGAAGGUGGCCAGGAGGUCUCGCACAUUCAGACUCAAGCUCAGCAAAGUGUUUUGAAUCGGGAGCCGGAAAGGUCAGACAAUACAGCUCUUUUUAAUCUUCAUAGGCAGGACACCCACAUGCAUCAGGAGAUGAGACCCGGGCACCAACCCUAUAGAACUUCUGAAGUAACAAGUAUGCAAAACCAUCAAUUCUUCAGUAAGACUAGUUUUCAAGUAGGUAAUGGUAAUUUUUUCCAUCAAGCUGUACCAGACAUCCGUCGAGAUCAGCAUUUCCCACAAUGGCAGCAUGAGAAAGGUAUGAUGAACCCAAACAGGCAAAGCGAGAUGCUGGUGGGUAAGGAGGACCUAGCGGAUAAGGAGCUCUUUCAGCGGUUGCUGUACAACUUCCUGGCAUGUCGGAGAAAUGAGCUUCCUCCUCCUAAGCCUGAAUCUUCAUCUGUUUCUAUACCAGAGGCCCGGAAACUAAUCUACGGUGCCCUGACCCUUGUCUCACAGCUCAGCUCCUUGUGUCAGAGUCUGGAAAAUAAUAAAGACGAGGAAGGACCCUCUUGGGACGAAGAUUAUGAAAAAACCAAAGACAUAAAAGCUGAUCUGGAGAAGAGAAUAAAGGCGCUGGAGAAGCCGGGGUUUAUUCAAUGCGUUAAAUUGAAAAUGGAUAGAAUACGUAAGAAGAGGCUUUGCCGCCAGCGCAGGAGGCAAACCAGUGAAGAGGAAAAGGAGGCAGCGGAACGCGCCGCAGAGAGAGAGGCUGAGAUCGACAGCUGGAGGUUGAGGCGCGUCCAAGAAGUGGAGGAGAAGAAAAAGGAACGGGAACUAAAAGCUGCCGCCGACAGUGUGCUCGGCGAGGUGAGGAGAAAACAAGCCGAUGCCAAAAAAAUGUUGGAUAUGCUGAAAUCCUUGGAAAAGCUGAGAAAGCUGAGAAAAGAGGCGGCUGCAAGGAAAGGUGUCAGUCCUCCACCCAGCGCAGAUGAAACCUUCAAAAAUCAUGUAACCAGGCUUCGCAGCAUGGUCCGCAAGCGCGUCGCCCUGUACGAUGCGGAGGAGAGGGCCCUCAGGGUCAUACUGGAGGGAGAACAAGAAGAAGAGAGACAACGGGACAAAGACAGGAGGCUGAAGAAACAAAGAGAGAAAUUUCUUCAAAAGCAGCGAGAACUUGACGCUAUAUUGUUUGGAGAUGAUGAGCGGCUUCCAGCUCUUCCCCCUCUCCAGCCGUUCCGUCAGUACCACCUCCAAGCUGAACACUCUGUUGUAUCUCUCGUCCAGAUCCGACACGAGUGGGAUCAAUUCUUGGCUCCACCUGACCAUCCUGAUGCCAGUAGUAUCCCUCGUGGGUGGGUACUUCCCAUGCCACCAUCUAGUGACAUUUGGGCUACAGCCCUGAAACAAGCAGACUGACGGAACUAUAAAACAUUGUGAUGUAUAUGAUUUGGAUGCCAGACUUUAAACAAAGGGUAAGGCCUGGUUUGCAGCAACUUUAUCUGGGAACUUCUGUAUUGAAGCACAACUUUUUAUUUUUUUGCAUAAGAAACGGUCAGAAAGUCCAUGUGUGAUUUUUUUUUUUUUUUUUUGUCAUCUGUAUCCCUCUUUGGAAGAUUUCACUCUGGAUUUUUGUCGAGUGGCCAGCUGUCAGAAGUAUAAAGCUGGGUACACACUGGCUGAAAAUCAGCAGAAACAAGCCGGUCCAACAACUGAAUUUUGUCUAAGGGACAUGCGGGAAAACCAACAUCCAAUCAGCGCCUGCAACCCCAAAGGGGUAAGGGUAGACGAGCUAGGGAGAGCAAAGUACUUCACUUUUUACUGAAUGCAAACUUGUAUGAUAGUGAUGUGUGAUGUGAUAAUGGACAGUCCAUAUGUACAAUAGACUCCAAGUUCUAUAUUUAUUUUGAAAUGACAGAAUAAAGCAUGUCAAAGUUGA